GGAGCUAUGGAGAGCAGCAUGUUCUUUGGUAACACAUGUCAAAAUGGCCUCCUGCCUGCUCUGGUGCGUCCAACCCUCCCGUCUGUCCAGACCUCCAUGAGCAUGAAGCAGUUCCUCCCGAUCCCGUUGGAAACAGCCUCCACCGUCGGCCUCUUCCCGGGGUUCAACACGAUGGACCCGGUGCAGAAAGCCGUCCUCCAUCACACCCUCGGCCUCCCACCCACAGCCAAGAGGAGGCGCACGGCCUGCAGCGUGUGCCAGCUGAGGUUCAGCUCGCAGAACCAGGCCGUGGCCCACUACAAGGGCACCAAACAUGCCAAGAAGCUAAAAUCCCGGGAACGCUCAAAGAGUAAGCUCAAAGGCUCAGCGGUCACCAAGGAAACCGCCAUCCAGGAGGUGGCCAAGGGCAUCAACACCUCGCACGUCCCCAACGGCACCAACAGGAAAGACAGAGUGACCCCGGCUGCACCGUCGCCGGCACCUUUCUGUUCGCCGAACUCCGAGAUGAACCCGGAUUCUGCAGGAGAUGAGGGGUCAAAGGUCAGCCUGCCUUCAGAGGCAGGCCUGGACCACGAGGCCGAACCGGAGACGGAGGAGGAGAAAGCCCGGCGCCUGCUGUACUGCUCGCUCUGUAAAGUGGCCGUCAACUCGGCGUCGCAGCUGGACGCUCACAACAGCGGUACGAAGCACAAGACGAUGCUGGAGGCCCGGAGCGGCGUCGGCACCAUCAAGUCUUUUCCUCGGCCGGGAGUCAGGAGCAAACUGGCCUCGUCCUCCAAGUCGUCGACGGGCCUGCAGAACAAAACCUUCUACUGUGAGACGUGCGACGUGCACGUGAAUUCAGAGAUCCAGCUGAAACAGCACAUCAGCAGUCGGCGUCAUAAAGACCGAGCAGCAGGGAAACCAGCGAAACCCAAAUUCAGCCCCUACAGUAAACCCCAGAAAGGCCCGAUCAAACCGCCGAUAAAGUUAAUUUUGGGAAAGGAGCGUCGAUGUCAGCCCCUCACCGCUCAGAUCCUGCCCGCCCACCUGGCAGCGAUGGCUGUCGCCGCCAUUGGACACUCUUUCACGCAGCGCAGGAACAACGCCUUCAACCCGGCGCUGACCUCCGGCCUCUUCCAGACUCAGAACCUCCAUGCUGCGCUGCUCCGCCCGGCCCCUGGGCCUGUCAGGACCUCUCACCCACCUAUCCUCUUUGCUCCUUACUGA